ACCAGAGAAAAGUUGUCUUACUGUAGCAGCCUCUCCCUUGAUAUUUACACAUUUUUAUACAUGUCCGUUCCUGGCAAGGCAAACAUCAAAAUUGUUGUACAAUAAAGGUAACAUUUAAUAUGCGGCAGGUUUGCAGUAUCCGCUCAGAAAUCUCCCCAAAGGGUCGGUUGCCACUUAAAAGUGAAAUUCAAUGUGACUGGAAAGGUCAUACAAAUCAUAAGUCAUAUUUUAACUACAAUAAGCCCGUCUAGUUUUCAAUACACUUUUUUAGUCCUGAGAUAAUAAGUUCAAGAAAGCACGUUUGUUAGCCACUCAGAUGUACGGCAAAGAUUAUGUUCUAGCAGGAGAAAGCUGCUGCUGCUACUUUUAACAAACUCUAACCUAUUAAUGGGCGGAAUAAAUCAAUUUCUCUGCCCCAGAAAACAUCAAGUAUUUAACACAAACAUCGCGGCUAUGAGCUGCCAGAGCCUCCCUCUAGUGGCCUGUCAUUGUAAAACAGCUUCAUUGUUGUGAUCUGUCACAGAGAGACGUACAUACAACCUGCUGAAGGGCUCAUAAUAUAGGGUGUCAUCUGAAUAAUUAAAUUCGCUGCCCGCUAAUAAUUAAUCUCUCACUAGUAUUUUCUAACCCAAUAUUCAUUGUCAUUUUACUUGGUGCAUCUGGCACGUGGGAUCUGGGCACAGAUCUGUAACAUCCAAGAUCUAAACCAAAACCUCCUAAAUUCCGGGAGACUUAUUCCGGAGUGAGGUAGUCAGACUGCCGAGAACUAUGCUGAGAGCUACAGGUUUUGAGAGCAAGCUAGCAAGUAACAAAUUAAAUCUACUCUGCAGCAGAUUAUAAACAGGAACACCACCACAUGCAAAGGCUUGUGCUGGAGCAUGUUUAGAUCAUGGAUCGCUUUUUUUCAUUUCAAGUUCCUAUACAUUAUAUACCAACCAACAUAACGUGAAUGAUGCAUAAAUACCGCUGAGGACCAAUGACGAGAACGGAAUUUCUUUCAUUCAGUGACAAUCUGUGAUAUGAAGUAGGUUGCUCCAGUUCUCUAGCCCAACCAAUCAGCGUUUAAGGGGCGAGGCACAUUUCUGAAGAGAGCCAAUCCUGAUUUUACAAGCCUGAACUUUUGCUACCCUGAACAAGUUAAUACAUCCAGGAGGUGUGUCCCAGUCUCACUGACUCCAGUGGAGGAAACUACAUUAACUCUUCAUGUGCUGAACUUCUAGCUAGAACAUUCAUAUUUUAGACAUGCUUUUCUGACCUAGUUUUCUUAGUGCAAUUGUAAAACUGCGCCGUGCUAAGCAGCAUCUUAAACCAGAAAACAAAAAGGCCAAUUGGAAAAAAAAACCCGCCACCCUAGUGGUGAGGUUGUAAAUUAAUGUUAAAGAGAAAGUUAUUUCAAGUGAAAUGUUACAUGACUGGGUCAAAGUGAAAUUGACAGAUUAAAGGCUUGGUGAUGAAUUGCAGAACGAUUGAUCCAGCACUGCAUCUUGGGAGUUGCUACUUCAGUAAUCCUCGUCCUCCGUAGACGACCAAUAAUUAAUAAAUAAACCUAAACAAAAGACCUGAAGGUUGUGUAUGAGUUACUGUUUAUAACAUCAAUAAAAAGCAGCCUCCUAACUCAACGGUGUCCCUGGGAAGCACGUCUUGGAAAUACAUGUGUAUAGGCAGGAACAGAAAACAUUUUAACAGAGGUACUUUUUGUUUAAGCUAAAAAGUAGCUUAGCUGUUCUGCAAAGAGAGGGCUCACUUCCUGGGUCGUCGAAGUAUUAAAAGACACGUCUCCCCCCCCCCCCCGCCCCGCAGUGAUGAUUAUUUCGCUGUUGGUCCAUGCCCAUGCAUCAUCCUCCUGCCUUUGCCAAGCAUGAUCAAAGUACUGUGAUUAAGGAUGGCAUGUGCAAGGCACUGCUUUUUAUACAAUUAAAAAAUGAGGGGUUGUGGAUGCUAUAAAUAUGACUUCGCAUUUACAAGACCAGAUGCGCCACACACCGCACAUCACUCCUGACAACAAAGUUCAGCUGAAGAGUUUUCCCUCGACCUGCAAGCACUUUUUUUUAGUCAUCAAAUUUCCCCUACCGUUUUUGCUCGGGGUCCAUCUUUUAGCAAAUGGUCACUGUGUGUGUGAAGGGGGGGGGUGGCUGUCACGCCGCCGGGGAACGAACGUGCCCCCACAAACUCUUCCCCCGUGCCUGCGCCUUUGCAAGGGACGUGUUUUCCUUUAAGAGUUAAGAAACUUGAAACCUUGUUUGCAACAAUCAGUGCAGCAGAGAGCCGCCAAAGUGUCUAGACUGGCACAUGAUGGGAGGCAGCCAAUGACUCCAGUUCUCUCCUAGGGGGCCCUGUGUGUGUUUUAGAAGAACAAAAAAGAGAGAGCGAGGGAGAGAGAGGGAGAAGGGGGAAGAAAGAAAGGCUCAGUGCUGUUUAAACAGACCCCAUCGCAGCACAGCAAGCAGAAGUCACUUGCUGGGGUGGGGGCUGCUCCGGGACCAUAUUCCAGGCGUUCCAACGUGCAGGAUAGUGGAUUGGAUUUUGUGUGUGUUUUGUUUUCCUUUAAUUAAGGAUUUCCAGCAGCUCUCUCCGGGAUAUUUACAGUUUCCAUUCAUGUGUUGAAACGUGCGUGGGUUUUGUUUUGUUUUUUAAAGGGAAAUAACUCCAAGUCUAGGACCUGGUGCAAGUUUACUGAUCCAGAGCAGCCGUUUCGGAUUUGCCACCUCUCCCCUUUUACUGUUUUAAUGGCAAAGAAACACAGUUGAUGGGGCUAGUUUUCAAGGAAGGAUUUUUGUUUGAGAAGCAGCAGGCGCGUUUGCCUGUGACCCUCUGGCUGCUUUAUCUUUGGCUGUAAAUUGCUAGUCGAUGUAGGGCAUCUCCUGAGCUUUUCCCGGGCCAGCCGCUGCAAGGGAGCGUUGGCAGGCGACCCCCAGUGUGCGUCGAUGUAGCCCCCCGCGGCGCCUUCUCGGCCCUUUCUUCCUCCCCUCCCUGCAGUCUCCCUCAUGUUGCAGCCCUGUUGCAAUCUAUCGGCGAUUAGCUGUGCAAGGCUUUUGCACGGCGCUCCGAGGGCCCUUCGCUCCAUGCGUGGUGGCGAUCGCGGGGCUUGCGCCGGGGAAGGAGCGGGCAUCAAAUAAAAACCCAACCCCCCAACCCCCGAAAUUACCAGCUCCGAGCUGUCGUAUGUUCAGGUCCAAACGCUCAGGUCUUGUGCGGCGACUUUGGAGAAGCCGUGUCAUCCCGGACAGGGAAGGGGCAGAUGGGAGCUCCAGGCAGAGCCAUGACCACGGUGGGGGCACCAGCCGCAGCAAAACCCCGGAGAAAAACCCCUCCUCGGAAAUCCGCCCGGUAACCCGCAACCUGGCGAGGGACCCAGCGGAGCUGUGCGCCUGGGAGCCGGGCCAGGAGGGCAGGGGGAGCCCCAUGGCGGAGCGGGAUGGGCCCCGGGGCGGCCCCGGGCAGCAGGAGGAGGAGGACGGGGAAGAGGAGAGCCCGUGGUGGGCGCAGGAGAGCGAAUGCAAAACAGUGACGUGCUGCCUCUUCAAGGAGCGGGAGCCGGGCAGCCCCAGGCCCGCGGGCGCCUCCUCCCGGGACAGGGAGCUGCGGUCUUGCGACUUCACGCUGCGAGCCCCCCAGGAGCCCCGCAGCCGGGAGGCCCGGUCCCGGCUCCUGCUGCUGGAGCAGGAGCUCAAGUCCGUCACCUACUCGCUGCUGAAGCGGCUGAAGGAGAGGUCGCUGGACAGCCUGCUGGAGGCGGUGGAGUCCCGAGGGGGGAUGCCCAGCGGCUGCGUCCUGGUCUCCCGCACCGAGCUGCGCCUGGGGGGCCAGGCGGCGCCCCCGCAGCUGCUCCUGGGCAAGCUGUUCCGCUGGCCGGACCUGCAGCACCCGGCGGAGCUGAAACCGCUGUGCGAGUGCCAGAGCUUCGGGCUGGCCGACAGCCCCACGGUCUGCUGCAACCCCUACCACUUCAGCAGGCUCUGCGGGCCAGAAUCUCCCCCGCCUCCUUAUUCUCGGCUGUCUCCUCAUGAUGAGCAAAAGCCACUGGAUCUAUCAGAUUCCACGUUGUCUUACACUGAAACAGAGGCUACUAACUCACCAAACACCACCCCCGGAGAAUUCUCAGAUGCCAGUAUGUCGCCUGAUGCCAUUAAGCAGAGCCACUGGUGUAACGUUGCCUACUGGGAACAUCGGACUCGUGUGGGACGCCUCUACACAGUGUAUGAACAGUCUGUCAGUAUAUUUUAUGACCUACCUCAAGGAAAUGGCUUCUGCCUCGGACAGCUAAACCUGGAAAAUAGGAGUGAGACUGUUAGAAGGACUCGAAGUAAAAUCGGCUAUGGGAUUUUACUUAGCAAAGAACCGGAUGGUGUGUGGGCCUACAAUCGCAGCGAGCAUCCUAUCUUUGUCAACUCCCCAACACUGGACAUUCCCAAUUGUAGGACUUUAAUAGUACGCAAAGUAAUGCCUGGCUAUUCGAUAAAGGUAUUUGAUUACGAGAAGUCUUGCCUCUUACAGCACGCCACGGAUCUGGAUUAUGCAGAUGGGCCCUAUGACCCAAACAGCGUUCGGAUAAGCUUUGCUAAAGGAUGGGGGCCAUGUUACUCGAGACAGUUCAUCACGUCAUGUCCUUGUUGGUUGGAGAUAUUACUCAGCAACAAUAGAUAACAAUCAGCCUCUGCUGAAAGAGGAAAAAAAGAGAGAGAGAGAGCAAGAAACACAGACUAUCCCAAAUAUCAUCUACCUAGAUUUAAUAUAAAGUUUUAUAUAUUAUAUGAAAAUAUAUAUUAUACUUGUAAUUAUGGAGUCAUUUUUACAAUGUAAUUAUUUAUGUAUGGUGCAAUGUGUAUAUGGACAAAAAAAGGAAAAUGCACUUUGGCUUAUAUAAUUCUUACAAUACAGAUUUAAAAAAAUUAUACAGCAAAAAUAGGAGAAAGCCCUAAUUUUGAUGUAUGUUUUUUUGAAAUAUUAUUAAUACCAGACAAAAAGCUAAUACC